CCCGGCGACAGCGAAUCGGGCCUGUUGACGAAGAAAAUUUUCAAGCUGCUUCAGGAUUCGUCAUGGCUUUCACUCGAUAGCUUUUACCCAUCUGUUAUCUGCGCUGCUAUAGCUUGUCUCUUCUGCCUGAAGUCUGCACACCGAAACAUCCUUCAAUCUCGGCCUCGCCGUCUGCACCUCUAUCUUUCGUCGCUUGCGUGCUUCAAACUGAACUGGUUGGAGGGUUUCCGUCCUGAGUCUCUUUUCAACGCCUUGCCGAUCCUCCUGCCAGCAAAGCGCUAAAAACAGCACCCAUCGUUUUGCUGCUCGCCAGCUACGCUACCAACGGCUAGCGCAGCUCACACAGCGCACAUCUUCACUAGCGAACCCCCCCCCCCGCUCUACGAGCAGCCCCAGCCCAGCCGCAACCUAAAUUGCUGCUCAUCCCCCACGCCUGGUCCUUGCUCGUGGUCACUACAUGCGACGACCAGAAAAGUUAAUUCAAGUCGAAACAGCUUAUCAGAGCGUUUGAUAACUCCUAUAUCUUGUUUUACCCCUUCAGCGCUUUGUAUGUGUGCAUGAGCGCACGCCAGAUUUGAAACCCUGGGGCUUAGGCUGGCGCCGUUCGCACCACCAAGACCUUUUCCCUUUGCCACCGCUUGGCAAUCAACACAGACGACUCGACUGCGCUCAUCUCGGUGCGCCUUUUCUACUCUACAACAAACUAUCGAUUUUCCCCGACGGAUCGGCCAUGUUACUGCUUUUUACCCGCUCCAUACCAUCGAGUUCAGCUGCUAGCCGCUAUGGAAUGACGUCGAUCUCUCGAUAGACGAUAACGCACAUAUACGGCCACGACAUAACAAAAGCCCGGCCAAUCACCAUGGAUGUUGUAAACGGUGAUAGCGGUGGCUCGUCGCAUGGGUCGAGCUCCAAAAGCUGGUUCAGGGCACUACGAAAACGGCCAAGCCGGAAGUUUCGAGACGACCAGUCUUGGAACCAUAGAUCAAGCCCAGCCUCGAACGAUAAUACCUUCCAUGAGCUCCCCGCUCUCAACACCGUCGACUCCCGCGCAUAUUCCGACCAUGGCGACUCCAGCGCUCGACAGCUCUACCAGCUUGUGCAGAAGAUACGAUCCGCUCCCUCCGGACCUAGCAACGUCGACGCCGCUUAUAAAGAAGCCUCAAAGCACUUUGAAAAAGCUGCUGCCUUGUGUGUAGCGGUUCUAUCAGAGGAGCUUAAGCCCAUGGCGCAAAUCACAAGCACUGCGGAUGGCCCUCCGAGAGAUUCGUCAGCAGAUCCUCCCAAGAGUCCUGCCGUUCUGCUUGACAGCCGUAGCUCGUUUAGCGGCCGCAGUCUUGGUGAGGCCAUGUCAGGAAGCGGCGGUACACGCACUCUUCCGUUUGCCAGUGAUACCUGGCUUUCACCGAUUCGAGAUUGGAAGACGUGCCUGGAUUCGCUGUCCGACGCAUUCCGUACUAGCCUUGCUGAAACGUACAAGAGCUACGAAAGAGAUGCCACACCGGAAAUGAUUGAGAGUCUUUUCACGAGCAAAAAGUUUCGCCGCGAAGCUGUCCAUAGAAUGCGCAACGCCAGCGUUACCCGAGUGCUCUCGGCUGAUCCCCAAUUUUUUCCCAGAUAUGAAAUCCGAUUCAGAAAUUACGAGAAACUACGAACCGAACUCGGAAAUGUUCGUCAAAUAUUACAAAAAGGUGAAUCAGGCAUCUCACCGAGCCGUACAAUUGUAGAGUUUCCGAUAUCCCCCCGAGGAGAUGCGGUGCUCGAGUUUGCCAAUUUAAAUCCAGAUGGAACAAGCGAAGACCCUGUCCUUCGAUUCCGAAUCUCUCCCCAUGUUCUGGCAGAAACAUCACCAAUCUUUGCUCGCAUGUUCUCUGGUCAUGGAUACAGUCUGCAUCACCACGACGCUGAGGACAUUACACCACACCUCCCAGCACCACCGACUAAAUUCUACUGCGCUGAUGGCUCGGAAGUCUGGCUCUAUAGGAUGCCUCAGUACGAAUCUAAUCAGUAUCAAGCGAUGGAGAUUAUGAUGCAUGCAGCACAUAUGCAUAAUGCGCAUGUACCGCGAGAUGUCUCGUUCGAGCAAUUUGUUGCUAUUGCAGAAUGCUCAAUAAAGUAUAAGACUACCUCACCGCUUGAGCUUAUAGUUGAGCACCGCUGGUUGCCGCAAUGGAUGCAUAAAGGUGCUGAUGAUAUGCCAGAUGGUUUGCUCAUUAUUAGCUACGCGUUUGGCUCUAGGGGCCUCUUUACUCGCAUGUCCAAGAGUGCUGUCUUGAACUUGAAGGACGAAAACGACUUGAACAGCAAACCAUGGCCCCAAAAGAUUAAAGACAAAGUCUGGGCUGUUAGAAAUGCAAAGGUAGCGCAGCUGUACGAAUGCUGUACGGCCACGCUACAAGAAUAUCUACAGCCCCCAACUUGCGAACCCGUCGUGGAGCCCGAAUUUGAUGCUACAGCGGGUUCGAGGAGUGGGCUUUAUGGGCCGUCGACUACACCAAGGACAACGAUGCCAAUCACUACAACGCCCCGUUGCCCAAAAGGGAGUCAUUGGUGCGAUGCCGCUAAUCUUGGAUGGCUGAUGCUGGUCUUUAACAAUAUGGGAGUCACUUCAUCGAUUUUGCACUCCAAUGCACUGGCUUCAAACCCUCACCCACCGUUUCGAUCAAAGAGUCUUGUUCAGAUAGUUGACAUGCUUCGGUCUAUUCCGUCUCCGACGACACCAGUUCAUCGCGGCGGUGUUUGCGACCCGAUCCCUUCCUUUAGGACAUUGGUUGCUGAUAUUUACAACACUGUAAACGGUCUCACCCUGCGUGAUGUCAGUGGCAAGAGCCACGGCUGGGCCCUAUCAAAGAACUUGACGUCGGAACCCCAAAUCGACGAGGCUACGCGGCUUGACCGUAUGGCGGCUGCUAAUGACAACUACACUGUGGCAACAGAGUUUCCAGAGAAGGUCCUGCUGCAGAUCCUUGGCGAAAUUGCAAGCUUGGGAGACUUGCAUGCAACUGCACGUGUCAAUCGAGCCUUUUACGAGACUUACAAGACUCAUGAACUGCAUCUGAUGAAGAACAUAUUGCGAGUAGGCAGAGUCCGCAGCGGAUCACAAGUUCCCCUGCUGCCGAAAAGUUCAAGCAACGCGGAAGACAAGAGUCUCAGCUCUGAGGUGCAGCAGCUGGCGGACAGAAGCCCAGAGCGCCGAAGAGGUUCCACAGCUGCCCGCAGCGACCAAGACGACAGCGACGACUCUAGCACAGACGAUGAUUCUAGUGACGAUGAGCUUCACAUUGAUACGACUGGUUUGGAUGCUGAUACUCAGCAACCGCCAGAGUACCAGACAGUCAACAGCUCUCCUGUCAGAUCUAUUCCUACGCGCCAGAUAUCCAUACGAUCCUCGUCUACUGCUACCGAAGAGGACGCUUCUGAUGCCGAGGUCUCAAGCCGAGGUCGUGGACAGGUCCGAUUCCAUCCUCUAGAAACUUCACACUAUGUAGAGGAGGAGGAGCCAAUGACUGAAGAAGAGGCCGCUCGUAUACUUUGGCCUGACUCUUACGACCAGCCCACGCUGACGCCAAACACACCAACAUCUGUUCCUGAGGGCCUCCGCGAGAAAUUUCGAGUUAAUGAUCAGUCUUUUUCAGAAGGCUCUGAGAACAAAACUCUACUCACAAGCGAAAGCCGAGAACUCCGCCAGCAAGCGAUGAUGCCAGGAAAGAAACUAGUGUCUGCUGGGCCGAGCAACAGUCGCUCCUAGUGGAGCAGCAGCACAUAUAUCCUCUGUACCUAUAUAUUGGUCUUUACUACCUUGACAUGGUUUAUUAAAUUCAUCGAUGCCACCGCAUAUACCCCCAUUGCUAUAUCUGUUUACGAAGAAGGGCUGUGGACGCUUCCAAGUCUGUCAGACUACUUUUGAGCACCUCACAGUUACUUUAUGAUGAAGGUGCAUAUACUUUGCUUCUUUUAUUUUCAUGUUUUCUAUAUUUUGGCAUAGUCUAGCGAAUAGUUUUCAAAACAGUGCAUCCGAUGUGGAAUAUACAUUCUUUAUUCAAAAUGAACAUUAUGCUGUGCGGCCGUGAUUUUGUGUCGUUUACUUGGAGGCAGAGGGGAACAGACGCUGUCUCAUCUGUCCAAGAAGACUCGAAGCGGGGGCAGGGGUGCUACCGUUACGUGGACCAUCGCCGCUUUCAACAUCCCCACGAGCGUUGCGAGCCUCGUUGAUGGCUCUGAGUUUGGCCGUUCCGAGGCCAGCAAAGCCCUGUUCCUGGUUCUCGCCGAGCCAAGGCUUCUUUGAGUCACCAAGGAAGCUACCAAAGAGCGAGUAGAGGAGAAUACCAAUAAUGAUCAUAACAAAGGCAGCCGGGUAGCGAGUAGUGUCCAUGCUCUUGUGGAACACAUAUACACCAAUGACGGCGAUCCAGAAGUUGGCAGUCAGGAGUGAGAUGUCGAAGAAUGCGGCACUGCCCAUACGCAGCAUCAGCGGAGCCAAGGAAUAGAAGAGGGUCAAGCAGAUAGUGUAGCCUGUUAGCCAGCCACCAACCUGGCUAUUCCAAGUAGCCUCUUGGAACGACUCGCGGUCGAAGAUGGCGGCCUGGACACCGUUGAUGAUCAUUCCGAAGCCGCCAAUAAAGGUCAGCACAUGGUACAUGCUUGCCCUGGAGACGAGGAACUCCUCCAAGACGUUGCUGGUUCCGUAGAGAGUAGCACCGAGCAGGGCAAAGAGAUCGCCGCGGAGCUUGUUUCUGGGGCCAGGGUCGUUGGGGUCGGCGGGUGUCUCGUGGCUGGUGAUGUAGUCGGAUGCGAUGAGCAGGCCCAUGCCGCCGCAGCAAACCAGGAUGCCGAAGAUCUGGACCCAUCGGUAGCGAACCUUGAGGAAGACGAAGGAGAUGAUGACGACGCAAACGAUGGACCAGAAGUUGAUGAGCUGCGUAGAGAGAAGGUCAGUGUCGGCAAAGGCGCGGACGGUGAAGUAGUUGCCCUCGACGUCUAGGAACGACAUAAUCAGGUAUCGCCACCAGUCCUUGCGGAGGGCUCGCCAGAAUCCAGCGAAACCCUCGCGCGUAAUGAAGACGGUGAAGUAGAUGAUGAAGAUCAAAAUGUAGUUGAAGACGGUCUGGAAGGCAGGGACGUUGUUGCCAGCGUCGGCGAGGUACGUGGUGAACGUGGUGGUUGCCGUGAUGCAGAGCGACAGGACUUGGCCGAGGACGACGAGGAUCCAAAAGUUGACGUCCUUGAGGCAGUCGUACCAGUGCGUAGACUUGGCCUCGAGGAUAUGAAUGCCGCGGGAGACUUCGUCCUCAGUCGCCUCUGAGGAGUCGUUGCGGUCCAGGCUGUUUACGUAGACGGGUGUCUUUGCGUCGGCAGCACCAGCAGCAGCAUGCGGCUGUUGGUGCUGGUCGUCAACCACGGGGGUUGCAGAAGCGUCGUGCGUCAUGGUUUCUUGUUCCAAGUCGUCGACUUCUUCGCUGGGAACACGGGCGUAUCCGGAUGGUCGCAAAAAGUUGGUGAUGUGCGCGACAGAGGCGGCGAGGGUCAUGCAACUAUCUUUGGCCCAUGUUAGUGGCAUUCUGGGCGCAGGAAGCAUGAGAAAGAAGAAGAAGAAAAACUUACAAUGCAAGGCUUGGGCAGAAAAGCACAGAAGACACUGUCUCAGCCGUGGGAUCGCGCUAAUGCAAGAAGAGGGAGCUGUCGCCACAACUUGGGACGGCAGGUUUGAUUGAUGGGGGUUGGGUUGUGUUUACACAGUAACUGGCAAGUCUUUCUUCGUCUCCGAAUUAGAUAGCAGCAAGCGCAAAGACUUUCAAGUCGCUUGCUGGGGUUCCUAUGGGAAGCCGGGGCACAUGCGGCGAUGCGCAGGUGCAGUGGUGGUGAGGGGGUUGGCGGCGCUGGCGAGAGAGGCGUGCAUGAAUGGGGUUUUGUUUUGGACGCAGAAGAGAGAAAAGAAAAAGAAAAAGAAGCAGCGGAUGGCGGCGUCUCUUUGAAUUUCUCAAUGCAAAGCUGGUGUUGUUGCGAGAAUUAGAAAAAAUAUGCUUGCAGCGAGUCGUUGGUUGUUGGUUAGCGCCUUCACAAAGGGAAAAAAAAAAUGAAAUGGGGUGCUGGCAGCUUUGGGACGGCGGGGCCGAAGACAGACGCAGGGG